AUGAAGGAUCAUCUAGUUAAAUAUGAUAAAUACUUAAAAUAUGAUAACCCUAUAAUUGUAGAAGAUAGUGAAAUAAAUAAUAAAAAUUUGAAAGAUGAAAAGAAUGUGAAAGAAAAAAAUAUUAUUAGGGUGAUACAAAAAAUUCGAAAAAAUUUAAAAUCAAAUAUGUUAUAUAAAAAUGGUAAUAAAAAUAUAUAUAUUUUUAAUAAUCCAAUAUAUGAUAUUUUUCCAAUUAAAUAUUCUACUGAAAAAAAAACAGAAUAUAUUUCUUAUGUAUCAAAAAUAACAAACGAAGAUGAUAUAUUAUUUUGUCUAAAAAAAAUAUUUGAGCAUACUAAAAAUAUGUACUCCAAAUAUAUGAUUAUAAAGGAUGAGUCAUUAGAAGAAUUGCUAUCCAUUUUUAUGGAAAUUUGUAGACAGGUUUCUGUCAUUUCUUUGUCUCGAGGAAUAUUGCUUAAGCAGUUGUUUAAUUAUAAUGCAGUUCUUUUAGCCCAUUACCACAAGUUGGUUAAAUCAUCAAUAGCAUUUAACUUAAAGAAACAAACAAAACAAAAUGAUAUCCUAAACAAUUAUAUCAAUCAAAUUGAAACAAAAAAAAAACAAAUAAAUGAUUUGAAAAAUAGUCUAUUAUUAACAGAAGAAAUUAUUCAAACUGAAAAAACAAAUUUCCAAAUCGAACUUUCAAAAGAAACUUUAAUGUAUGAAAACAAGAUAGACAAGUUAAAAAAAGCCAACCAACGGAAAAAGGAUGACUUUACUAGGAUACUCCAAUUAUAA